ACUACACCGGACAAGCCGCAGCUGACGUCGAGCAUCUUCUGGCCACACCGUCUGAGUACAGGGUCAGGUUUUGCCGACAAAGAUUACCCCACCACACCAGGUGGCAGACCAAUUGGGCCGGAGUCGGACAGUACAAAAGAUGGAUUGAAGCCGAAGUAUCAUACACCUCUCGAAUUUCGGCCGCAACUGAAUCUCCUACAUCAGCCGCCAACUCGUUUGCCGACCUUUCCGUCGAUUCGGGUACGUCCACCGCCCCACCGCCACGACAUACGAGCGAACAGAUGGAAAUCAGUGGCACCACGGAAAGCACGAAUAUUCAGAUCGCGGAGAAUUCAGGGCUUCCACUCAGCGUGCUCUUUCCCAACAGGAACGAAAACGGAAGGGCUGUCUCUCCGCCAUCUUACCGUAAUGUUGCGUCGCAACAGACGAGCGCGUCAACCAGUCCUGCUCCGACACUGAUGAAUAAAAAAAUUCCGCCCACGGUAACGUCAACGAAUCCAGUCAGCGGGAUGAACUCCAGCGUCGACGUAUUCACAACUCUUCGCUCGUUCUUCAUGUCCCUUGCACCGCGUCUGCCGGCCACCGCUGAUGCCGCCGGCACACCGGUCGGGAUCAUGCGUUUUCUGGGCGUCAGCUUCGAAGUUCUGGUCCCUGUUUAAUCUUAGAAGAAACCAGUUAUUGCUCUAUGCCCUUAUUCUGAUAUAAUUCAAGGUUUUAACAGCGCUAAUAUAAUCCGCGAUGGCCUGUAAAUACAACCUUUUUUUCUGUGUAAAUCCACAACGUCAAGGUUAGCGCCAAGUAUGAUUAUAUGCAAUUGGCUUUGCUACCAAUCAAUUUUCUCUUCAAUAAAAGCUCGCUCAGUGUCAAAA